AUGGCACGAAAACAUGAACGAGAAGAAGAAAAACUAUCAGAAACGAAUCAGAAAUUGAUUCAAUUACAUUAUCUAUUUGAUUGUGGUUCGAGAUGUGAAUUUAAUCAAAAAUUUCAACGACUUUGGUUAACAAUACUCAAUGAAGAUCUUAUCUUUAAACAAUGUAAAACAAAAAUGAUCAAUCAAUUAUUAUAUUCAUAUAUACUAUCCAUUUUAUAUUUAUUAAAUAUUCAUUCUACUUGCAGUUAUAAUGAACUUACAACUUCUUUAAAAAGUAAAUCCACACCUGCACACUGGAUAAAUAUGAUUUUUGGUUCACUUGUAUCAAUGUUAAUUGGUAUCUUAAUAUCUCGUUACAUCAAUCAUUAUCAAUUGAGAGAUAUUAAAAUUGCCAUUCAAUCUUCAAAAGAAGAAUUAUUGAAUAUGUAUUCAAGAGAUAUUGAAUCUAGAAAAUCAAAAGAAGUGAAAGGUUUAUCGAAUUUUAUACCAUUCACACCUUAUACAUAUGUUUACAUUGACGAGACAACAUCUCCUAUAAUAGCCGAAGAUUUGAUUAUUCAAGCUAAACGAACGAAAAAGUUCACAAUUGUUCUUCAUGGUGAUAUAUUAUCAAAAGAACUAUUUAUUGAAAUAGAAUUAAUACAAAAGUUUCAAUCAAUAAUUACACGAAUUCAAAUAUUUAAGAACUCAACUACUGUAUAUGAUCGAAUAAAACAAUUACUUUCAACGAUUAUCGAUGUAUCGAAUACUAUUCAGAUAUGGGGUGAUAUCAACAAGAAUUUAUUCCAUUAUAAAGAUUAUGUUUUCUUUAUCUAUGAGAAACUACAAGCAGUUCGUUUAAUUGAUAUACGACAAGAUUUCAAAUUAUGGUAUAAUGCAACGUUUAGUCAUAGUACAACUGGUGGUCAAAUCAUUGACUUCAUCGAUAUCGAUGGUCCAUUAUGUUCAUGUUCUCAUCGACCCUAUAAAUCUUCAACAGAUACUUGGUCAUUAUGGAAAGCAGUAGCAUAUACAUUCGAUGAAAAUCGUUAUAAAACAAACAGUAAUAUUCAUGAAUGUUUGGCUAUUACAAAAAUUUCAAAAGUUAUUGAAGAGAAAUGGACGCGGAAACAGACAUUAAAUUAUAUAAAUCUGCAUCAUGUGAACAAUCAAACGAUAAGAAACAAUAUCGCAGUCAUUAUUAAUAUAAAAUUUUACAAAAAAUGA